AUGGUGUCGAUACCCAAAUCUAUCACUGAUCCUCAGAAUUUACUGGAGUUUAUAAGAAUGAAGUCUCUGCAAGGAGUUUAUAAUGAGACCUUCGAGACUAUUUACAAUGGUGGACCUUAAUGUGCAUCUGAGAGCACUCUCGGUUUCAAAAUCGCUUUAAUUAUGAUUCUGUUUCCCUAUCAUAUGUAUAACUUUUACAAAGGAAUAUACGUCAUGAGACGAAUCUGUGACUAAAGGCGGUAGAUCAUCCAACAUAAUGGAAGAGGUCUCUAGCCAAAUUUCUUGGAAAUAAUGCUAGGAUUGCUGUGCUUCUUUUUCCUUUUCUUCCAACUGCAUUUGAAAUAUACUUCAAAUACAAUGAUCUUUAUUCUUAACCCAUGCCACAUAACCACUGCAUUAUUUGGAUUAGUAGCGUUUUUACCUUACAACAGAUUUUCAUUUAUGCUUAUGCUCAUAGCAUUCUGUCAGACCUGCGGAGCGUAAGUCAUUCAUUACGAUUUGACAUAUUUACUUAUUAUAUGUAGUUGGCUGGGAAUAGUAUUUGCAGAAAAUGACGAGUUGACUAUGUUUGAAAUUGUGAUAUACUAUACACAGCAUUUAUUCGCAGCUAUCGUAGCACCAAUGAUUAUGUUUAAAGCAGGCAGAUACUCACCCAAAGAUUUCAAUGUCUAUCCAUUACCACUGCUUGGGUUCAUAUUCUUCAGCUUUUAUAUGAGAUUCUUCUUGACACCAAUGUCCGCAAUGACCUGGGCUAACCUGAAUCACACUCUUUGUGGAGUUGAUAACGAUCCUUGGAGAGCAUACUUCGGAAUGCACAAAUAUUUCUUUAUCUGGGCUGAUGGUUAUCUGCUCUUAGCUUCAAUAACCUUUAGUAUAUUCAAUAGUUAUGUUGGACAAUAUAUCUGCAGAGACUCUUUAAAGGAGACAAAAACUAGAACAGACUGA